AUGGUUGCCUGGUUUGCUCAGUCAGAGUCAGACUCGGAGGAUGAGCGGAGGCCGAUCGAUGACGAGAUGUCCUGCGGGGGUAUGGAGAUGUGGGACGCGUCGGGUCGCGCCCAUCGAGGCUGCGCGCUGAACUCGUCUCUUCAGGCUCAGAGACUCCUGCCGCCCCUGCAGAGCCCACUGCACCCUACGACCACCACACCAACAACACCCACUGACUACAUCUUCAGGGAUCGCAUCGACACCUCUCUGACAAUCCCCGGAGCCUACCACACCCACAUCUAUCGACAACAGAUACCACAGGAACUCCAUCCCAACAAGAGCUAG